CCGACCCAAUGGCAGACGAGGCCGUCGUUCCCUCGCUUUCCUCGACCUCCACCGGCGUCGGCGCACGCUUCAUCACUGCCGAUGACAUCCAGGCAGCCCGCACUCGCAGGGAGGAGCAGUGGCGCGCGGCGUAUGCCAGGCUCGGCCAGGAGCCGCCCCCGCAGCAACAAGAAGAGGCUUACGAUGGACGGAGUCUUGCUGAGAAACUCGCCGCGAACCGGGCUGCUAAACAAGAAGAAUACGAAGAGAGGACGAAGCUAGCAAACCAGUUUCGCGCACUAACCGAAGAUGAGACUGCAUACCUGGACACCCUACGCGAGAAGCGCGAAGAGGAGGAACGUAUGCGCAAGCUAGAGGAUGGUGAAGAGCUCAAGUCUUAUCGAGAAGCCGUCGCAGCCAAGAUAGCAGCCAAACCCCCUCCAGCUUUACCAGGCAGCACCCCGGCCGCCGCAAAGCCGCCAGCUCCCUCAAAACCGCCCGCACCCAAGAAAGAGCCCGCGAAGAAGGGCAGCCUCAAGGGUAUCGUGGUGAAGAAGAAGGCCAAGCCCGCAGCUAGCAAACCUGCUGCGCCACAAGCCAAGGCAGAGCCUACUUCAACAACUAAGGAACCUACUUCCGCCUCUAAAGACGCCUCCUCCACCUCUGCGAAGGACACCUCGACCCGACCAGCAGACGAUGAUGGCGACGAGCCAUCCGCAAAAAGGAGGAAGACAUCAGCUUCAUGA